AUGGUAGAGGAGGUAUGGGAGAAGGAGACGUCACCGAAAGUGGAGGGGGAUUUAACAAGGAUGGAGUCUGGAAAGAAGCGUGAUGGUGGAGGAGGUAAUGCAGGAGAGGAAGGGUUGGUGAGCGGUGACUUUAUAGCGGGAGGAUGUAGAGAAACAGAGGUAGGUGGUGAUGGGACUGCAAUUGGUAGAGGAGGAGAUGGUGAAAGAGUUGGAGAGGGAGGUGCUAUGCCAAAGGGAGGGGAAGGUGAUGCUUGUGGGGGAGGAGGGAGUGAUAAGUUUACAGAUGGAGGAGGGCAGUAG